AGGAAGCAGUAGGCGUGUUUUCAUGCUGUCAUAUGGAGAAUGGCACCGGGAUUGUUUAAAUGCGUCGAGUGUAACGAAGAUGCAAACGAGCUGCAUCGAGAUUACAGCAACGGAAUACUGAAGAUCACUAUAUGUAAAUCAUGCAAGAAACCGGUUGACAAAUACAUAGAAUAUGAUCCAGUUAUUGUUCUGAUAGAUGCCACUUUAUGCAAAAUCCAGGCCUUUAGACAUAUCCUCUUCAACACUGAGAUCAAUAUCCACUGGAAGCUGUGUGUGUUCUGUCUGCUGUGCGAGGCGUAUUUGCGCUGGUCCCUCCUGCAGGGGUCCCAGCCGAGCAAUGACCCCGCUGAUAUCAUCCGUUACACUAAAGAGUGGGAGUUUUACUGCAUGUUUGCAGUGGCUGCGCUGGAGUUGUCCGUGUUCUGCGCAGGUGUGUUGUUCGUUCUCUGGACGACGCAGCGCUGCUGUGGUUCCUCUCUAAAACUCGCCCCGCUCUUGAAGGCGCUUCUGCUCUCCGGCUACGGUAAAGUGCUGUUAAUUCCGGCUGUCAUCUGGGAGCACGAUUUCUCGCCGCUCUGCUUCAGCCUCAUACGGCUGUUCGUCCUGACCUCCAAUUCGCAAGCCAUAAGAGUGAUUCUGAACUGCAGUCGGCGGCUGUCUCUCCUGGCAGUGUGCAGUGGCUUGCUGUUAGAGACGUGGGCUGCCCGGGCUUUAAAAACGCUGCAAGUCUGUUCACAAGACUAUCUGUCAAUGCUGUAGCGUAGAAGAACGCGAGAACUUCAGUCCAGGAGUCCGGAUUGGCAAAUGGAAGCUCUACGAACCGAAAACAAAACGUUCUUCCUCGGUGAUUCAAGUCCUCCUUGCCGUCAGCGAAGAAAGUUUGAAUUGCAAAACUGUUGUUUACCUUGUAAAAUCUCAGAUGCGAACGGAGAGACGUGCUUGCCAUUACUUGGGAGAUGUUGUUUGAUCAAGACGUUCUGCACAAAGGAAUUCAUUGGCAAGUCCGAGUGAAACUAAAUGAGGUCAUAGAGAGCACAUUUUUUAUCUUUACUAUGGUUACCACGUGGUUAUUACAUGUUUUUAACGUGCUUGCAUGUCUGGUUCAUUGAGCUAACUCCAUUUAAGACCAGUAAUCUGUCUUCACUUGUGAUUUUUUUUCUCCUCGCAUUGAAGAACUAGUUCUGGUUUUUAUAGAAAAAUCAGGCCUGUGUGUUUUUUUUUGUUUUUUUUUUUUUUUUACAAAAAAUCCUGUAUGUUUAUAAAGACUUUGAAGGCACAGCUUCGCAUUCUUGAGGUCAUUUGUCAAAUUCCUCAAUUAGCUCUGCUGAGAGAAGACGUUAACUCAAAUAUACUACAGAUGCUUGUGGACUAGCGUUGACACGAAACCGUAAUGAUCUGAAUGCCAUCUGUUUUUAUCGGGAGCUUUACGUAUGGGCUUUCUUACUGAUGUAAUUCAUCCCCGUUACAUAAAUGUGAAGUGUGGGCCUUCGUGUGGAUUUGUACAACUUGUUCUGACGAAACUCAGGGAGUAAGUCUCGCACUUAGUUGUGAAACUGAAUGUUUUGUAUCGGUUUAGCUGAGGGGGGGUUGUGGUUAUUAAAGGCUAUGCUUGACUCAUUGUG